AAAAGGAAUAAUACUUGCUGUAUCAUUCCGCUGUGAACAGUCUCGUUCUUCUCUCUCCAACAUGGCUUCCCGUGUGCUGAUUGUUCUGUUGGCGGCUCUUGUCGGCGUCCAUGCAGGCGGGCGGACACUCGUUCUGCUGGACAACCUGGCCAUCAAGGAGUCCCACUCCGUUUUCUUUAAGUCUCUGGCAGACCGAGGCUUCGACCUGACCUUCAAGACUGCUGACGACUCAAGCCUUGCUCUCAUCAAGUACGGAGAGUUCCUCUUCGAACACCUCAUCAUCUUCGCUCCAUCAGUGGAAGAAUUUGGAGGUAACUUGGACACCAGUGCUCUGACAGAGUUCAUCGAUGGAGGUGGAAACAUCCUGGUAGCCGCAAGCUCUGAGAUUGGUGAGCCAAUCCGUGAGCUGGCCAGUGAGUGUGGCGUGGAGUUUGAUGAGGAGAAGACGGCAGUGAUCGAUCACCUGAACUAUGACCUGGCUGACGAGGGACAGCACACCCUGAUUGUUGCCGACCCAGAAAACCUGAUUGACGUUAAGAACAUCGUGGGAACCAAACGGGACACACCCAUUCUCUUCAGGGGGGUCGGCAUGGUAGCAGACACAGACAACCCUCUUGUGCUGGAUGUCCUGACUGGAUCCUCCACUUCCUACUCCUUCUACCCUGAUGAGAAAGUGUCUGAGUACCCACAUGCUGUAGGGAAGAACACCCUUCUGGUGGCUGCACUCCAGGCUAGGAACAACGCCCGUGUGGUGUUCACUGGUUCUCUGGAGCUCUUCAGUGAUGAGUUCUUUACUGCCUCUGUACAGAAGGCACUGGCCGGGGCACAGAAGCACGACAAGUCCGGUAACGAGGCAUUCGCCCUGGCGCUGUCUCGCUGGGUGUUUAAGGAGGAGGGUGUGCUGCGUGGGGGGGUGGUCAGCCAUCACCGCAAGGGGGAACAAGAACCCCCCACAGCUUACACCGUCAUGGAGGAAGUGGUGUACAGUAUUGUGAUUGAGCAGCUGGUGAACGGGAAGUGGGUCCCGUUUGAUGCCACCGAUGUCCAGCUGGAGUUUGUGCGGAUCGACCCGUUCGUGCGCACCACCAUGCAACGCAAAGGAGGGAAGUUUGUGGCUGAGUUCAAGUUACCCGACGUGUACGGAGUGUUCCAGUACCGUGUGGACUACAACAGGCUAGGCUACACUCACCUCUUCUCUACUACUCAGGUGUCUGUGCGCCCGUUCACCCACACCCAGUACGAGCGGUUCAUCGCGGCGGCCUACCCGUACUACGCCAGUGCCUUCUCCAUGAUGUUCGGACUCUUCGUCUUCAGCCUGGUGUUUUUACACCACCGCGAAGACACCAAGGAAAAGGCAGAAUAACACUAAACGGGGUCCUCGUCUAUUUGUUUCUGUUUACAAAGCACCCUUUUUGUAUUGUUCUAGCUUCUGAUCAUCUUCAUUUGUAGAUUGUUUUUUUUUUAUCUUCAUGAUAAGCAGGUCAUGAUUUUAACUGCUCAUGCUCAAUGGGAUGCAUUGUUGGGUAAUAUGUGAAAGGUGGAGGCCCCUAAGCUGUAAACGGUUUAUGUUUUGACUAUGCUCAAUGCCUGUCCAGACAGGGCCCCUAACAUUGACAUAUUGCACACAAUACAAUACAUUGCACAUGUUAUUGUGAGCAAAGAGUACUUGCAAACUUUGUUGUACUUAUGAACAAGCGUUCAACUUUGACCCAUGAAUGAGCUUGAAUAAGAAAGAAGUCAGAGCUAAAGAUGCAAGAACUGAAGACAACAUUUUAUACACGAACACACAUAAACAUGUACCUACAAAAUAGCAUGCAGAGAGUACAGAUUUCUGUGUAGUGUCUUUGUGAUAAGUACAACAAUGUGAAACUGUUCCCCAUCUGUUGCCCUAUGGAAUUGCUUGAAACAUGUAACAACAACUGCAGUCUACAUGAGGAUGACCAUAAAGCUAAGAAAAGCUGUUCCCUUGGAGAAUGCUGCAAUAAAAUAACAAAACACA